AUGCCACCAGCAGAAACACGUAAAUUAGACGACAUCGCGAAGAUGAUCGUAUGUAAAACUCAUAUUGGUACUAAAAAUGUCGAGGAUAAAAUGCUCUCAUAUGUCUAUAAGAGAACUCAUGAAGGUAUUUUCUUGAUUAACUUGGCCAAGACUUGGGAAAAGAUCCAAAUAGCAGCUAGAAUUAUAGCAACUAUUGAUAAUUUGGCGGAUGUAGUUGUGGUUUCUCAAAGACCAUAUGGUUCAAGGCCUGCACUCAAAUUUGCACAGCAUACAGGAGCUCACGCAAUGGUUGGCCGUUUUACUCCAGGUACACUCACCAACCAGAUCACUCAGAAAUUCAUGGAACCACGCCUUUUGAUCGUUACUGAUCCACGUGUAGAUUCACAGGCUGUUAUUGAGAGUUCUUAUGCCAACAUCCCAGUUAUCGCUCUCUGUGAUACUGACUCUCCAUUACAAUAUGUAGAUGUUGCCAUUCCAUGCAACAACAAGGGUAAAGAAUCCAUUGCUCUUAUGUACUAUUUGUUGGCUCGUGAGGUUAAUUUCCUCAAAGGUAAGACUGACAAAUGGGACGUCAUGGUUGACGUUUUCUUCUGGAGAGACCCAGAGGAGUAUGAGAACUCUGCAAUUGGAGCCGAUAUGGAGCUUAAUGAUGGUAUGGGAGUUGACGUUGAAGGUGCAGCUGUUGACAGUGCUGCUGCUGCAAAUGAAUGGGGUGGUGUCUCAGGAAGCUGGGGAGGAGCUGCGGCUGACGAAUGGAGAAAUGCUCCAUGA